AUCUCUCUCUCUUCUCACUUUUCUCUCUGCUCAGAUUUUCAAUUCACAGAGAUAGAGAGAAUGACUAAAAUCUCUGUUGGAUUGCAACUUGUGACAGCAGAUUCAAAGGAAAAACCAAACAACAUAGUGAUCAAAUCUUCACUGAGAAUAAACCGAUUCAAUCCAAUCAUCUCGGAGCUUUGUUUCCUCAAAACAUGUCAUCUCUGCAAUAAACAACUCCGUCAAGACAAAGAUGUUUACAUGUACAGAGGAGAUUUGGGAUUUUGUAGUAGAGAGUGCAGAGAAAGUCAGAUUUUGAUUGAUGAAAGAAAAGAAUUAGAGGCUUCGACGAAGAUGAUGUUGGCUUCGUAUAGACGAUGUAACUCCGGCGCCGGGAAAAGCGAGUCUCGGAAUUUGUUUGAUGAUCUCCGGCGACGACGCCAGUUAUUUAUAGUUCCUUGAGGCUUUUUUAAGCAAUCACUAAUUAUAGUUUUUUUUUGUUAAACACCUUACUAAGUUAUAAGUAAAAAGAAAGAGAUGUGUUAAUUAAAUUGUGUCAUUUUC